AGCAAGUGCACAGCAAGUGAUCGGGCCACUCUCGCGCGAGGACUCGGAGGAGAGACCCCAAAGUGCACUUUAGUGGACUUGAUGCAACGCUAAGCGAAAACAAAAAACGGAGAAACGUGCAGAGAAUCAGCGGAAGACUUCACAAAAAAGGAUUCCUCUCAUUGUCUCUGUGUGAAGUCCCUGCGGUUGUCGAGAUGAGUCUGAGCACCAGCGAGUUGGAGGACCUAUGGGAGUCCCUGGGAUACCUCAACUUCUCCGACACCUUUUCCAACAUUUCCAGCGUGGACACCAUGGGGUGCGCCACGGCGUUCAACCGCAGCGCCUUGCUCCACUCCAUGUGCGUGCUCUAUACUUUCAUCUUCAUCGUGGGCUUGGCGGCCAACGCUCUGGUCUUGUGGGUGAACAUUCGCGCCCAGCGGGACUCAACCCCUCGCCACGAGACCCACACGUACAUCGCUCACCUGGCCGUGGCAGACCUGUGCGUGUGCGCCACCCUGCCCGUGUGGGUGAGCUCGUUGGCCCAACAUGGCCACUGGCCCUUCGGCGAGGUGGCUUGCAAACUCACGCACUUGCUCUUCUCCGUCAACCUCUUCGGGAGCAUCUUCUUCCUAGCGUGCAUGAGCGUGGACCGCUAUCUGAGCGUGACACGCCACCGAGAGAACCAGGGCAACGUGCGCAGGAAGUUGACCCGCCGGGUGGUGUGUAUCGGGGUCUGGCUUCUGGCUCUGGUGGCCUCUUUGCCAGACACCUACUUCCUACAUACAGUAAAAGCUUCACACGGGGGCAGCAUGCUCUGUAGACCCGUGUAUCCGGAGGAGAACCCAAGGGAGUGGAUGGUGGGCGUCCAGCUGAGCUUCAUUCUUUUGGGCUUCGUCCUCCCCUUCCCCGUCAUUGCGUUCUUUUACGCGCUGCUGGCCAGAGCCUUCACUUGCACGGCCUCGCCGUCGUCCACUACGGUGGAGCAGGAGCGUCGCGUGAGUCGCAGGGUGAUCCUGGCCUACAUCGUGGUGUUCCUGGGCUGCUGGGGUCCGUAUCACUCCAUCCUCCUGGCCGACUCGCUCUCCCAGCUGGGUGUGCUGCCUCUUACCUGCGGCCUGGAGAAUUUCCUCUACGUGGCCAUGCACCUCACCCAGUGCCUUUCUUUGCUGCACUGCUGCUUCAACCCCAUCCUUUACAAUUUCAUCAACCGCAAUUACCGCUAUGACCUCAUGAAAGCCUUCAUCUUCAAGUACUCCACGCGGACUGGCCUGGCGCGUCUCAUCGAGACAUCUAAUGUGUCCGACGCCGAAUACUCUGCCGUUGCUGUUGACAAUCCUCCGCAGAUAUGAGGAACUUUCCACUCCGGCUUUGCGAUUGAAAUUCCGUCCACCUGCAACCGACGUCAUACAUGACGUUAAAUGACAUUUCCAGACAUUUUCGACAAAUCCUGUGGACAGGAGUUUAUCACUAUCGAUGGAGUGAUUCCAUAAAAAGCACUUAUAAAGCAGUUUUAUUUGUGAAAUCAUACAUAUGGUUAGCGAUUUGUAAAGCCAAACCAGUGUGUCCAAACCUUAUAUUUGUAAGGUUGAUUAAUGUAGUGUUUCCCAAUGUUUAAUGUGCCAAGGCAUAUAUUUUACAUCCGAAAAAUCCCAAAGCAAACAAUGCCGACAGGAGGAUACACGGGUUUAUAGUACCUUUGCCAUCUAUUGGAAAAACAUUCAAUCUGUUAUUAUAAGUCUCCGACAUAGACAGAUGAACAAAAAAUACACUAUUCCUUGACAAGUAAUCAUUUUGGAGCACUGAUGUGCCGCUGCUCAGUGGCUGGGAAUCACCGCGUUAGUUUAUGUCUGUUUUGUGUGCGUGUGUGAGUCGAGAGAGAAUCUGGCGGGUAUUGCUAGAACCGUACUAGCCAAAUGGCAUGUUUAAUCAAACUAUUUAUACUCACUUGAAUUAUUUGACAUUCACUCACACUGCUCUACCGCACUCACAUCUGCCUCAUCCUUUUUUCCUGGCUCCUUGUUCAUGUACUGCUGUCACACGUUUGGUAUGAAAAGCUCAUACCGUCACCUCAGUUGAAUCAUUCAGCCAAAGAAGAAACAUGUUUGAUCCCAUUUGUUUGUUCGUAUCUGUCGAGGCUUGCUGUUAGGAUUCGUACUAUUUUCUUUUUGGCACAUUAAUGACUCAAGAGCUAAAAGUGAACCAUCACUUGUGUUCAAAUUUACCUUCGUGCUGGGAUGUGCGUGCUAAAAUGAAACCAUUACACGUCUGCCACAGCCGAUAGUUAUUUUUUAUUGCCUAUCAUUAGACAGAAAAGGCUGCCGACUAUUCGGUAGCCGUCUUUGUUUACCUUUUUCCAUUGCGACUUCAGCGUAGCCGUGCCUUAAUGUGUGCGGCUGUCGCCUUUUAAAAUGACCUCAUCCCCACAUUACACACACCAUUAUCUGGUUUUAUAUAUGGCCGUGAUUGGCAGGUUAGUUUAUUCUUAGAGCCACCUCUGGCAAAGCAAGUUGGCAUUGUCUGGGGAAAAGGUCAUAAACGGAGUCACGUUUCCAACACUUCCCAUUCAUGGUGUAGCCAAUAAAUACCAUCAUUUGACCCUUUUCCCACAGAAGUCAAAAAGCCACUCAUUAAAGGGUGCUGGCUACUGGCUGGGAAAAGGGGGAUGCAAUAAACCAAUUAUCUCUUUUGUUUCACGUUGUCUGAAGGCUUCGACGGAGUGCGUCCUCUAAGCCGCCUUUGAGGCUGUUUUAUGUGUUUGUGUAAUUAAUCCUGCUGUAUCAGCACAUCGGGGCCACACAUGCACACUCUUACUGACUUUUAAAACCAAAUAAUAUGAACAAAUAGCUUUACUGCUCAUGUGGAGGCAGCAGUAGUGAUUUGUAAGUGUUGAGUAGAGGGCCAAAUGAAUGCAGUUUGUCUGGUGAAUCUGUGUGCAUUUGAUGGUAUUUUUUUUAUGUCUUAGCUGUGGUUCAAUGUGAGGGGAUAUCAUUUCAUAAUUAUGCUGACAUGGUGUCAUGUGAUCAUGAUGAGUGGAGGAACAUUCGACGGCGUAGACCUCCCUUGGCUUAAAGAAAGUUCUGUCAAAUAUAUUAGAGUACAAAUAUUUGGUUUCCAUAUUUGCUGACUCCUGUCAUAAUAAUAUCACAUCUACUUCUGUCCAAAUAAUUUGCAAAAUAUUAUGUUGUAUGCUUUUUUUUCUUUUUUUUUUGAAGUGCAAAACAUUCUAAGCCAAUCACGUUACUCCUGCCUUCUUUACCCUUGGGCCAAUUAAAAUCUCUGAUUGUGACAUAAAAAAAAAUCUGACAGUCUUUGCAUGAAAAAAAUAUUUAUCAAACGUUGUAUUAUUCCAAGAAUACUGCUUUUCUUUUUAGGAUGUUUUUAAGAUUUCUUCUCCUGAAUGAAAUGUGUAAUAUUCCAAAAAAUAAUGUGUUUAAAAAAGUAAAUAAAAUUGUAUUUCUAAAU